ACCAAUUUCUAGCCAGUUUUUAUCGAUUUUUCUCGAGAUGAGUGAUUUUGUAGUGCUCGGGGAGCCAACAACCAACAAUUUAUCCCCAGAAGUCGGAUGUCAGACUGAAGAGAUUGCUGUAGAAAAUAUGACAACACAGACAGCAGAGGAAUCGAUUACAAAAUAUCGAAAAAACACGGAAAAUCCAGAAAUGUCGUAUUGGGAGUCAAUUGUUGCAAAUCGACAGAAUGAAGUGGAUCGAAUUAAAGCGUUGAAUGAGAAGAUGGAAGUGGAGAAAAGUCGAAAAUCGGAGAUGCUCGACGCGAAACAGACUGAAUACACGCGACUCUUCGAUUUGGGAAACGAAAAAUUGAAAAAAUCAAGUGAAAACGGCGAUUCCGAAGAAGAACCCGACACGAGCACCUGUAAAUAAUUCGGAUUAAUCCGGAUUCUUCUAAUUUUGCUAUAAAAAUACUUAUUUUUCUGUAUAAAAUGCAUUUUUGCUCCU